CAGAGAAUGACUGCGAAUGAACCCUUUUUGGGCUUGUCGGGCUUCUGUAGGAGAUCCCCUUUCCCCUGUCGCUUCUCCUCACAGUCACACCAUGGGUCCUUCCUCCAACUAUAUUUCGAUGUCUUUGUGUUAGGUUUCUGUUGCUUUGCGAUUAACGGUCUUCGUCUGGAUUUCGUUAACUCAUCUGGACACAAUGUUCACCUCCACUGGCUCUCGGGGCCUUUACAAGGCUCCCCUGUCUAAAGGCCUCCUGCUGGUUCUCAAUGGGCUGACUGUGAUGCUCACCCUGCUGCCACAGUACCAAGAACUGUUCGUAUACAACCUGCAGGCUGUCACACAGCAGCAUCAGGUCUGGAGGUUGUUGUGUGGCAGGCUGGUGUGUCUAGACAUCAAGGACUCCUUCUGUAGCAGCCUGCUCAUUUACAACUUUCGAGUCUUUGAGAGGAGGUUUGGCACCAGGAAGUUUGCCUCCUUCCUUUUGGGCACUUGGUGUCUCUCUGCGCUGAUGGACUUCCUGCUGGCCCAGGCUUUCCAGUUUCUCUUUGACUAUGAGGUGGAGGAACUGCCUGCGGGACUGCUCGCUCCAGUCUUCUCUCUAUUUGUGCCUUUCUACCGGUUGAUCCCCAGGAUGCCGGUCACCCAGGUUCUGGGCCACAUCGACAUCACCAACAAGUCUCUGGUCUACAUAGUAGGCUUGCAGCUGUUGACCUCCGGUCACUUCAUGUGGCUCCUUGCACUCAGUGGACUGAUCUCAGGCGGACUCUACCACUCCAAUGUUCUCUGGUUGCAGAAGGUCCUCUUUGUACCUGCCUGGGUGUCUUGCAUUGGGCGUUAUACUCUUGAGCCAGUCUUCUCAAGCUCCCAACCGAGUAGUGAGACGCCCCUGGGGAUGGGAGCCACUUUGGACAUCCAGAGGCAGCAAAGGAUGGACAUACUCGAUCAGCAGCUGCUGCUGGCCCAAUACAAUGAGUCCACGAGGAACACUAGACAACAGCCCCGGUCUGGGUUGUUACAGUGGACCAGGUAUUUCCCUUCCCUCAGACAAAGAGGACAAAACCGACCCCCCAUGCAGGCCCGCCCCCAGGCUCAGCCACAGCCAUCCACACACUCCCCUCUAUUGGACAACUCUCCUGUUGCAGAGGAGCAGGUUGCACUGUUGGUGGAAAUGGGCUUUUCUAGGAUUGAUGCCCUCGAGGCCCUCAGAGCUUCAAACAACGACAUCAACAUGGCAACCAACUUCCUCUUGCAACACUGAGAGACAGUUCAGUGAGAAUUAACAGAGGUGAAUGAGCACAGAGACAGAAAAAAACAGGAGUAACAACAAACAAAAUGGAUAGAAAAUGAAGGACAGUUAAUGAUGGAGAAUUUGUACAGAUAAUGUGAAGUCUGUGUCACUGCUUGCUGAAGCAGUUGUCAGGCUGCCUCAACCUGAACUGAGCCCGAUAGCAGGCUGAUUAAUGAAGAGGUGUGAAGCACAAAGUGGAAGACAUUUGCGUCAUAGCUUUCUGAUGGCCGUCAUGGUGUGAAACGCGUCGUGACAUAGACCUCUAACUCCAAUAUACAGAAACCAAACGGUGGAGGAGGUGGUGCAGUGGAGGAAAUAUAAAGUGGGUUGUUUCUUUUAAAACGGAACUGAUGCUGAAGCACACACAUCAGCUAAGAUCCGACCCACCUACUCCACAGGGGAACCAACUUAUAGCUGUA